UAUAAAUACAGACACACAGUAAAGCUGUAAUCACAUAUGUACACAUUGGUAACAUCAUCACAUACAAAGUUGCAGGAGUACUCAGAAGAAGAAGAACCACUCAGAUCCACGCAUGUGCUAUACAGAGAAUAUGUAAAAAAUCAUCAGUCACAGGUACACAUUGGUUUGUAUUGUUUUAUUGUUUUAUUUAUUAGCAUUGGUAGUGACAACAAUGAUAUCUGACAUUCUUUUGAUUUUUCUAUUUAUUUAAGUUUCUGAGAGGAAAUUGGCCCCAUUGAAGACUACCUGCUGAAGGCAAGCUGACCAUAUAUUUACUUUUAGUUUAAAAAGAUAUUAAUAAACAAUUCAGGUGGAAUUUUAAUUGAAGUCACAGGUGAGUACAAGUGGGAGGGGUUAUUCACUCAUUUUUUCACUCAUGCACAUGAUGACAUGAUGCCUGGAUACUCCUACGAUGUACAAAUUUUUAGCAAUUAUGACAUGUUCAGACAUUAAAGACAUAUGGUUAGGUGUACAGUGGAUCAUUAUAGUUCAUUUAGACCUGUGGAGGCAAACGUACCUAAUUUUGUCAUCCACAGUUUUUCUACCCUUUUCUGCUGCACAAUGGUCCAGUUAGCAUUCGGGUUAAGGUUAAGGUUAGGGUUAGGGGAGUGGGAGCAAUAUGAAGUCAGGCAACAGGGGGACAUGUUGUGACUGUGAACAGGUUAAUUAACUCAUAGAGUUCUUUUCACUGUUUGGUUUACACUACAUAAUUAGAUUUAAGUUCCUUUGUAGCGUUAGUUAUUUAAGACUCAUAAAGAAAAAAAUGAUCCAAAGAAAUAUUAAGGAAACCUAAAGUGAGAGCAUAUUUUUACAUAGCACAUUUCCGAUCCAGAGCAAUAUGUGACCCCUAACCUGCAGAGCACACAGGUCUGUUUGAGCGCAGUAAAGAGUCCCAGAGGAGGACAGAAAGUGUCACCUGUGUGAUUUGGAUGAAAUAUUUGACAGUCAAUUGUAUCAUGAUGUUUGAAUUAAGCUUUUCCAGAAAAUGUCUGCCAGACUGUUUGACACAAUGGAUGAAUGUACAUGUUUACAUACCAGGCAUUUGACAAAGCUCAGUUUUUGUCAAAGGCUUAUCAUCACAGUAUGAAAGGAUGGUAUGUUUAACUUAAGGUUAUACCUGUUAUGUUGUGACACAUACAGUGUUAUGAGUUUUACUUGUUCCUUCUUGUUUUCUAUUACCUCUGUAUUGUAUGUGAUGCAAGCAGAGUCUUGUAGGCCUCUGUGGGCUGGUCACCUUUGGGUUUGUGAUGCUUAAAUAAAAGUAUUUAUUUGUUCAUUAGAGUAUAUUGUAUAAGAUUAGUACACACAAUAAUGAACACCUAGGCUCCAAGCCUUUGUGACAAAAAUUUCCUCAGCUAUCUCAGAAAUGCCUUGCCCUCUACCUUUGGCCCCAAGUUUCACUGAGGUGAAAUUGUCGCUUGUACGUGCCAUUUCUGUCACUGCUGUGAGCAAUCAUGCUGAGUGAAUAUUAUAUAGCUUACAUAGCUUUUUCUUCUAUACUAUAGGUGCUCAAAUUGUUGUUUUUGUGCCUCUAAACCUGCUCAAGCAACUAAACAAGCAAGGCUGUGAUUACUGCUACAGGUUGAGGAUAACAGAAAAAUGUGUUCAAGGAAUGCUCCGUCAUUAAGAAGCGUUAAAAUGUGGAAUCACGAGUUUGUCCUGUAAAGAAGGCAGAUGAACCCCGACCCACCAGCUACCACACCCAUGUUGAUGGAGAGAUUGUAUAGAGGAGUAGGGGGGUAGCCUGUCAGCUGCAUUCUUCACUUUCAACCCCCUCCCAGCCCUUCCCACUUUGCCGCUGCUAUAUAACCAAGGAGACCAAAGUGAUGCUUACAACUGCAGAUCAACUCCAGUAUUCCUACCUGGUCCAGAUCCAGACCCUUCAACAUGUCGUUCAGCACUAGAUCCUAUGGCCAGAAGACCAUGAGUGUCUACGGUGGAGCAGGUGGUCGUGGGACCCGCAUCUCCUCUUCCCAGAUGAGCUAUGCACCACCCUCCGGAGGCUUCAACCUUUCUGACGGCCUGGACCUCCAUGUCGGGGCCAACGAGAAGGCCACCAUGCAGAACCUGAACGACCGUCUGGCCUCCUACCUGGAGAAGGUCCGCACCCUGGAGAAGGAGAACGACCGCCUGGAUAAGCAGAUCAGAGAUUGGUACCAGAGCAAAACUGUCAUCUGCCACGACUACACCAGCUACUUCGCCAUCAUCGAUGACCUGAAGGACAAGAUUCGUAUUGCCUCUAGACUCAAUGCCAAGACAGUCCUGGACAUCGACAAUGCAAAACUGGCUGCCGAUGACUUCAAAAUGAAGUAUGAGAACGAGCUGGCCAUGAGGAUGGCUGUGGAGGCAGACAUUGCAGGACUGAAGAGGGUGCUGGAUGAGAUGAAUCUGGCCAGGAUGGAUCUGGAGAGUCAGUAUGAGAACCUGAAGGACGAGCUCAUCGUGCUCAAGAGGAACCACGAAGAGGAGAUGGCUCUGCUGAGGAGUCAGAUGGGCGGCCAGGUCAACGUGGCUGUGGACGCUUCUCCCUCUAUGGAUCUGAACAAGACUAUGACAGACAUCAGGGAACACUACGAGGGUGCCAUCGCCAAGAACCGCAAAGAUCUCGAGUUGUGGUACCAGAACAAGAUCGCAGCGGUGGAGCAGGACGUGAUCACAAACACAGAGACUCUGGUGACAACCCGCACAGAGAUUAAAGACCUGAAGAGCACCCUCCAGAGGCUUGAGAUUGAACUGCAGUCCCAUCUGAGCAUGAAAGCAUCUCUGGAGGGCACCCUGGCAGAGACUCAGGCCCGCUACGCUGCACAGCUGGCAAGCCUUCAAAACAUGGUCACAAGCCUGGAGGCCCAGCUGUCCCAGCUCCACGCCAACAUCGCCAGCAACAAGCAAGAGUACGACAUGCUGCUGGACCUCAAGACCCGCCUGGAGCUGGAGAUCGCAGAGUACAGACGGUUGUUGGAUGGGGAGGAUGACAGUUCAAAACAAGUGGUCACCAAGGUCAUCACAGUGGUGGAGACAGUUGUGGAUGGAAGGGUGGUCGAAAGUAGCAAGACUGUUGAUGUGGAUGUGGAUCAGGUUGAGUGAUGCGUUGGAAGCAUUAUCAAAAAUCAAUAAAGAUCAUGCAGUUGAAUCAGAGUUUUAUGUGUGAGAACUUCAUUGCUUUCCCUACAUUUUCAUCAUUGUUUUCCCUCACUGAUGAAUAAUGAAUCUUUUUGUAAAGAACAAAUAUCAGAGCAGAUAUG